UAGUAUGGCAUCAGCUGAUGCUAAGACUGAAGAUCAACGUGGACCUUCUGUUGUCACAGAUUCUGGAGUCAUACAACCCACAAAACCUGACUCCGUAACAUCAUCGCUAGAUGGCGACACAUCAUUGUUAGGAAAAGGCAGCACCUCAUCCACAAUAGAUGACGCUAUAACGAAAUCUGAAUGUGACGUCACAUCAAAAACAGAUGGCGCCACAUCACCUUUAGCAGAGGUUGCUAUACCACCACUAGUAGAGGAUUUGAAAACACCACCAACAGACAAUAGCACUGAUACUCCGGUAGAUGGCACUGCAACUUCAUUAAACGACGGCGCAACACUACCACAAUCAAAUCCUGAGCCCACUCUACCAUCCCUAGAUGGCAGUAAAAACACACCAGCAAGAAUUCCCAAAAAGCCAGUGAAUGUGACCAACGAAACAGUUCAAAGAAUCCUUGGAACAAUCUUUGGACAAUGUGCUGGGGAUGCUAUUGGACUGCUUACAGAGUUUCUGACGAAAGAGGAAUGCAAAGAGCACUACAAGACGAUGCGGAAGGAACUGGAAUUUUCUCACAAGAUUGAGGAUCAUCAUCGCGUACACUGGAAAACGGGCGACUGGACAGAUGAUUCGGACCAGAUGAUUCUCAUACUUCUGUCUAUCGUCGAAAACCAGGGCACGGUCGACCCGUUUGAUUUCGCUAGACGCAUAAAAGACUGGGGACUAAAAGGAUUUCCUGAGCUGGGGGAUCAUGUUGGAAUGGGACAAGGGCGGACAACUCAUUUUGUCAUCAAUAAGCGAACUUACCUUGAGGAUCCAUUUGCUACUGCCGAACGUGUAUGGGACCUUAAUGGAAGGGACGUAGCCGCUAACGGUGCCGUGAUGCGGACAAGUAUCCUGGGAGUCCAUAUGUACGCCGAUAUCGAUCUCGUCAUACAGAAUGCCAUUACUAUUACCAGGACAACUCAUGCUGAUCCAAGAUGCCGAGCGUCAACGGUAGCUGUGAGUGUUGCCAUAGCAUUAAUGUUACAACGUCAGCCAAAACAUUUGGACCGUAAAGGCAAUUACAACAUCAAAGCAAUCAUCCGUGACUGUUAUGAGUAUGCAUCAAAGUGUCUGGAAACUGAUGAGAAGAGAAAGGAAUUUAAGACGUAUCUUAAAUGUACAAGAUUGAAGGAGCUGAAACUAGACGAAUCAGGGAAAAUCGGAUACACAUACAAGACGAUGGGGUCAGGUUUUUGGGCUUUAAAGCAGCAGAAUUUCAGGGAGGCGAUCACAAAAAUUAUAAUGGAGGGUGGAGAUGCUGAUACUAAUGCAUGUGUGGCCGGUGCAAUGUUGGGAUGUAAAUAUGGCGCUGAAGCUAUUCCGACGACCUGGACACAAAAUCUACUUCACAAGGAAUGGCUGGAGGCAAUUAUAGACAGGUAUUUUCAUAUGAUGGCAGAAGUACACAACAUUGACUUUACACCGUAUUGGACCGGACAUUUGUUAUGAUUGUGUGUUGAUGAGCAAAGUAGUAGGUGCUGUCUUGUAUCAUGGUACGGGUAUUGGACAAAAUUACGCUGUGUCAAGGGGAGUUACAUACUUGUAGUUGUUUUUUGUGAAAAUAUUAAACGAAGACUUUUUAUAAAAAACAUUGUUUCAGUAUAGAAGCUUUUACAAUUCUCUGGAACAUCGAUUGGUAAUGUAGAGACUAUCUGUACAGCAGAUGUUUGCUGUACCUAAUGUAUGUACCGGUAUUAUCUGCUGAUGUGAUCUAGUCAUAAGUAUAAGUGUUCUGUGGUACACUUGUGUGCGGAGAUGGCAUUGUUUAUAUACGACAUAUACGAUGUAUCAUUUAUUUGAAUUUUUAUU